AUGAAGCAAGGAGACGUUUAUGAUGCAUUCUUGGAAGACCGAAAUACAUCCCUUCUGCCACCUGACAUAAGAAAGGCAGCAUAUGUUGCUGUGAUGCAAAAUGUCAGCAUAUCAAACAGAUCUGGCUAUGAAUCCCUCUUGAGGGUUUAUAGAGAAUCUGACGAAAGCCAGGAAAAAACACGAAUUCUAGGUUCAUUAGCAACUUGUCCAGACCCAGAUGUUGUGCUUGAAGACCACUGGGAUUACAUCUCAAAAACUUGGGGCUCUGGAUUUCUUAUAACCCGCUUUAUAAGUGCUGUAGUGUCACAGUUUGCUUCUUAUGAGAAAGCAAAAGAAGUGGAGGAGUUUUUUGCAAGCCGAACUAAGCCUUCAAUCACAAGGACUUUGAAGCAGAGUGUUGAACGGUUCAUAUUAAUGCAAAGUGGGUCCAGAGUAUUCAGAAUGAGAACAAUUUGGCAGAGUGGUGAAGGAUUUAGCACAAGAGUAACUGAAACGGUGUUCUUUGGUCUGAAACCUUCAAUAUAA